AUGGAGCGAUGUAAACAAAAGCAACAGCCUUUUGGUCUUGUGAUUUGUGAGUUGGUAGCCGUCAGAUUUGAGGGUUACUUUAACAACCUCUCUGUUGUGCAUCCAGGGUUGGAGUCAGAGCAUGGCUACAUCAGACGAAAUUCCUCCGCUGAUAAUGACUCAGCCAAUCAGGAGGAGGUGUUAGAAGACUCCACCGAAAACGAUCUUGAUGACCUCCAAUCACAACGCGCUCUGGUUGAAGCUGAGUUGCGACGUCAAGCCAAGGCUCCUCCUGGACUGAAAAUUAGAGAUCUCCUCGCCUGUCGUUCGAUAAUCGAGGACGAAGAUGACGACGACGAGCAUGAGGGAGAGGAAGGCAGAGAAGAAUGCACCCAAGAGAAGAAAGAGGUGUCAAAGCCUAAAAAGGUUGAGGGUAACGAAGACCUUGACGUGAGCAGCGCCCAAGUGAAAACGCCCUGA